AUGUUGCCAACUUGCGGGAGCGGAGUAACGGAAAGGCACGCCUACGAAGUUGCAAUUAUUUUUCGAAUUAAAAGCAGCCAUACGCCGUUGAGAUCAAGAAACUUUAAGAGCGCGAGAAAUUGGGACGAGCUUUGGGAACGAAUUUCAGCUUGUAUCAGAAGCCUCCCGACCUCGACAACUUUCACAUCGACGUCGAUCUGACAACAGGUGGAGCUUGAUGAGAAAUUUGCUCAAAUACUCUCUACAACUUACAAUAAAGUGGUCACGGUGGCGGUCGCGAAGCUUUCAUUCACGCUGCCACUUACGCUCAUGACGCCGGCUCACCGAAAGCUCAUCAAGCUCACACUUGCGAGCUCACACUCUCCGACGGCCGAUUCUCAGCGUCGCACGUCGUCGGCGUCUCGCCGCCCGAAGCACUUUUUUCGUAGACAUCUCGCCUGCCUGCAGCUCGGCGCGCUACAAAUUGAUUGCCUUCGCAUAAUUCGUCGACGACAACUGCGAUAUAUUACGCGAAUUUCCAACUGCAUCCCUUUGAUAUCGCGCUUCAUGACGCCUUCAUGUUUGGGGUCGUGAGGUCCGGAGCUUCGUCAAUGCAGGCAAAGCCGCCGACGUCUUCUUUGCUUGA